AUGUCGAACAGCACCAUGAUGAAUCAUCGUCAUUCUACUUCCACUUCGUCCUCCUCUCCUAACUAUUCCAAUCAUCAUCAUCAUCACGAGGACAGCACCGAUGAUGACUGCUCUCCAAUCACGACCCAUUCGAACACAACCACGUUUCGAAAUUUCCAAAAACAGCCACACUCGACCUCUUCACCCACCAUGAAUUCUUCUUCCGUUUUACAAUCAAGUCAUUGGAAACGUGUGAAAUUUACUACCAUUACUCUCGUGAUCAUGACGAUUGUUUCCAGUUUUAUCUAUUUUGUGAAAUUCUUACCAAAGAGAGGAGAUUUUUAUUUACCACUCGACGAACAAGUUGAUACAUUGACAAAGGAUCUCGAUGUCUUGUAUCGUCCCAUGAUUAAUAUUGAUGAAAAUGGUGUGAACAAGUAUGUGAAACCCUAUGAUGAGCAAUUGAGUAUUUUCUCAACAAGUGCCAUUCAGUUGGUGAGAAAGAGAAGGAGUUUGUUGAAAACAAUUAAUGGACAAGAUCGAGUACACUUUUCACGCCACUUGUCAGAGCUUGAAAAAAUUCAUAAUAUUUUACAAAAACAAAUUGUGGAAUAUUUUGAUUAUGAAAGAGUUUGGGCAGGUCCUUCGAAAUCAAGUACUCAAUUUACAGAAAAUCCAUUUGAUUCUCCUGUCAUUCCAGCUGACAAGUUUGUUGAAAAUUAUCAAUUUUACAAGAAUGAAAUCAUUCCAAAACAUGAAGCUUACUUUUUAUUGAAAAAAGUACAUCCAGUGAAAAGAGAAUUAGAUAUUGUAUCCAUUUGGGACAAUGACUAUUCAGAAACCUUGUCAAAAGUCGCUCGCCAAAUUGUUGGUGAAACUUGUUGGAACAAGAAGCUAGUUUUAUUUGGUGAACAUUGGCAUACGUUUCACCAAGGAGGUCCAAGAAAAGUUGGAGCUUAUCAAAUUGGUGCUUUAAAAUUGUUGAAAAAAGAUUUCAUCUUCACCGAUGACAUCAAUGAUCCAAAUUUAUUGGACGCUGACAUUGUCUAUUCUUAUAAUCCUCACCGCUACAGAGAGUUUAUUAAAAAGUUGGUCCUCGGAAUUCGAAAUGGAAAGGUUGCACCUCAAACGAAAGUAUUUAUUGGACCAGUCAUUGCUCAUGAUUUAGUGCGAGAUCAUUACUCACUGCUCGGAGAUCGAGUGACACAUUUAGCUGCUUCUCAAUGGGUCAAAGAUGUCGAUUAUGGUCCUAAAAUUGGCGGAAAGGUCAAAAUUCUCGUUCAUCCCACUCCAAUUAACACCAAAAUUUGGUCACCCAGUGAAAAGGUCAACGUUUUUGACAAGAGAGACAUUCUCUUCUAUGAUAAGAAUUGCUACUACAAGCAAGAAGAACUUUUAACCACAUUCAAAACAUUGUUGAAUGGUUAUCCCGAUUUUAAGGAUGCCACUUUUCACAUUGUGGAUUACAACAAACGUUACAGUGAAAAUUAUUUCCUUUCAUUGUUGAAAGAAAAGAUUCGAUUUGCCAUUGUGUGCGCUCGAACAGAGACACAAGGUGUGGCCUUGGAAGAAGUCAUGUCCAUGAAUAUACCACUCUUUGUCAUUUGGACACCUAUGGAUUUCGAAGUGGCUCAUGAUCCAGUUGUGGUUCCAUACUUUGUUCCUGGAAUGUCUGGUCUCAUUAGUGGACAUCAAAACAUUACAACUGUAUUUCCAACAUUUAUGCAAAAAGUGAUGGAUAAUUCAUUCAAUCCACGUCGAUUUGUUGUGGAACUUUUUAAUUAUUUCAGUAACGUUGUGGAUUUUUUGAAUAUUUUGUGUUAUGGAGAGAGUCGAUUUGAACCAAAGGAAAAUUAUUUGAGUGAAGUGAAACGAUUGACCAAGACCUAUGUUCCAGAUGAUGACGAUGAAUUGUUGAAGAAUUAA